AUGAUGUAUUUUUGGCUGGAGAAGACAACUGGGGAGUCGCUUGAGCUGCUAGGGUUGUUAGAAACUAGCUUAGACCGGCUAUUAAUAGUCAAAAUGAUUUUCGCUUUCAAAGAAACCCAUCGGUCGCCAUCUUUCGCCUCAUUCUCCACCACCUACCGCCAACUACAACAACCACCACCACCUUCUCCACCGUCAUCAUCAGUCGCUGCCCUCCAUAAACCCUAUCCGUCGUCACCACCACACCCUACAAUUGAUUUUACAACGAUUACAAAGAGUGGACGGUGGUCGGCUCCGGCAACGACUCAAGGUUUCCACAUUCACUGGCUGAUCGCAAUGGAAGAUCAACGUUCUUUCAAUAGCCCUAGAAGGACUCUUAGUUAUUCUAGAAACAGGGGAACAACUUUCUCUGUUUUUGAAACAGACAACAAAAGGACUUCAGGUGUUGGUGUUUCAGGAGACCAUGGUCCUAACCCUUCUGAAGUUUAUGGGUUUGUAGGAGCCAUUUCAACUGUUGUUGCCACAUUUAUUUUCUUGGUGUGGGCAUAUGUUCCUGAUCCUUGGUUACAUUCCAUUGGUAUCUUUUACUAUUCUAGCAAGUACUGGGCAUUGGCACUUCCUGCUUAUGCCUUGGUGAUCAUUGCAACAAUCUUGAUAUUCUACAUUGGCCUCAACUUUAUGGCAACUCCAUCUCCAUCAUCAUUCAACUCAAUAUUCGAUGAAAACAGCAGAGAACCUGUGUGUUGUGAUUCUGUGCUGGAGGAAGAUGAUCGACACAUUGAGCCUUACUCUGAUAUCGGAAUUGAUCAGAUUAAUGAACUCAUGUGUUUUGGGAACUUAGGUGGUGAAAGUUAAUAUACUUGACAUUAUCACAAUUAGAAUCAAUGACAACAGAUUGUUGAUGCAAACUGGUUAAAGUUCAUAUGCAUAUCAAACCUUUUAUUACAAUGCAAUAUUGGAUCGUUUUCAAAUUGAC